UCCUAUAAAAUACCCAGCUCCCGCUCGCGUUUCGUCUCAUUCUUCUCACCUCAUCAAGAAACAGAGGAAGGGGGGAAGAAAAACACAGGCCGGUCCAGGCGUCCACGCUGCUCCCCCUUCCUCGCCAUGGCCGCUGCCAGGUGGGUCCCUCUCGCCGGCCUCUUGCUCCUGCUCCUCCCGUUUGCGGCCACUCCGUCGCGCGCCGCCACGCCGGCGAGGCCCACGCCGUCGUCGUCGUCCACCGCCGUGUUCCAGCUUCAGGGCGACGUCUACCCCACAGGCCACUACUAUGUCACGAUGAACAUUGGGGACCCAGCGAAGCCGUACUUCCUGGACGUGGACACAGGCAGCGAUCUCACCUGGCUGCAGUGCGACGCACCUUGUCAGAGUUGCAACAAGGUGCCACAUCCGUUGUAUCGGCCAACAAAGAACAAGAUUGUGCCAUGUAAAGAUUCACUCUGCACUUCCCUGCACAAUGGACAGGGCUCUAAUCAGAAGUGCUCCUCACCACAACAAUGCGACUAUCAAAUAAAGUACACAGACAGUGCAUCUUCUCAAGGUGUGCUUAUUACCGAUAACUUCUUGCUGCCUCUGAGGAAUUCAUCCAACGUUCGUCCCAGCCUCACCUUUGGCUGUGGUUAUGACCAGCAAGUGGGCAAAAAUGGCGCGACACAAGCAGCGACAGACGGCCUGCUUGGGCUUGGGAGGGGAUCGGUUAGCCUGCUUUCACAGCUCAAGCAGCAAGGGAUCACCAAGAACAUUCUUGGCCAUUGCCUCAGCACGAACGGAGGGGGGCUCCUCUUCUUUGGGGAUGAUAUGGUGCCUACUUCACGUGUAACUUGGGUGCCCAUGACUCAGAGCACAUCCGGGAACUACUACUCACCUGGCUCAGCAACACUGUACUUCGAUAGACGUUCCCUAGGUGUAAAGCCAAUGGAGGUGGUAUUUGACAGUGGUAGCACCUAUACCUACUUUGUUGCCCAGCCAUACCAAACUGUUGUUUCUGCGCUCAAAGGUGGUAUCAGCAAAUCACUUAAACAAGUGUCAGAUCCCAGUUUGCCUCUGUGCUGGAAAGGGCAGAAGCCAUUCAAAUCUGUGUUUGACGUCAAAAAGGAAUUCAAGUCGCUGUUUCUGAGCUUUGCUAAUGGCAAGAAUGCCGUCAUGGAGAUCCCUCCUGAAAAUUACCUCAUUGUCACUAAAAAUGGGAAUGUGUGCUUGGGCAUCCUUGACGGAUCGGCGGCUAAACUGAGUUUCAACGUAAUAGGAGACAUUACAAUGCAGGAUCAGAUGGUGAUAUAUGAUAAUGAAAGAAUGCAGCUUGGAUGGGUGCGUGGAGCAUGCACUAGGAGCACCAAGUCUAUUGCUUCCUCUGGUCAUAAAUAUAUGUCAUUUUGGAUAAGACACGGUCUCCAAGUCAUAGCUUUGGUCACUAUUUUCUAUUAGAAUAUAUAUAAAAUCCAUUGAAUUUGCGAUAUUAUAAAAGCAUUUUCAAGAAGAAUCUACACAUAUAAUUUUAAGGUUUUCGAACUAAAUAUUUUAAAAACUAUUGAUAGUCAAAGUUUUAAAAGUUUGAUCGAAUCUUUUCCAAAGCGAUAUGUAUUUAUGAUCAAGGGAGUAUGUCUUUCCUUCCAUGAUCGUUUCUCAUACUUGAACCAUCAACGCUUAAAUUCAUUUCCACCUAUCCGAACAUUGGCUGUAGUGUUGAUGGAGCUGGGGGAAAUUACUGCUGUCCUCAACUCCCCGGUAUGAUCAGUUUAGUAACUGAAGAGUGCCAGCUUAUUACCAUCCAAAUAAUGUUUGUAUUAACAUAUCAGGGGAAUGGGAGAUUAUAGGAGCGAAAUUUAGAGAGGCAGAUAGGAAGUUACGAACUGAGGGUGUAUGCUCCUCCUGUUCAUAACGAGAUGGACUCCAUAAUUUAUAAGACUGGCCUGAGUUGUUCUCCGCAUGCAACUUACUUGAAGUUCCUCUUGAUUUCCAUUUUUGAAAUAUGGGCAUGAGAGCAGCUUAUUUCAUUGCAAUAAUAAAAAUAAAGUUAUGUACAAAC